CCCACGGUCGCCACCUACGCACGGAGGGCGCUAUUAAAUUAUUAACAGCCUAGACUUUACGGUUGUGAUGUAAAAGCGAGUUUAUCACGUUCCUGCACUUUUCCGGAUUACUGUACCUUGGUCUGACCUCGGUCUAUCUUGUAAUAUUCUACAUCCUUGARAUAUAUUUCAUAAUAUGGAUUUCUCCAUUCGUGCUUCUACACUGGAAGACUGCAAAGAUAUCGCGCGGAUGAUCUUGGAACUGGCUGAAUACGAGAAAGUAUUGGACCAAGUGAAAGUUACACAGAAAGAUUUGGAGCAGGAUGGGUUCAUUAAAAACCCAUUCUUUCAUGGUAUCGUCGCAGAAGUACCCGAACAACACAGGACCAAAGAGGGCCAUGCCAAGGUGGGCUACGCACUUUACUUCUAUACCUACAGCUCGUGGAAAGGACGGGCCCUCUACAUGGAGGACCUGUAUGUGAUGCCUGAGUUCAGAGGUAAAGGUAUCGGGAAGGCACUGAUGAGCAAAGUGGCUCAGUUGGGCCUGGCCGCCGGCUGCACCCAGCUCAACUUCGCCGUGCUGGACUGGAACAAACCAUCUCUGGAUUUCUACCUCAGCCAGGGAUGUUUUGAUGUGACGGCAGACAUGGGGUACCACUGCAUGCGCUGUGAGGGGGCAGCGCUGGAACAACUGGCCCAGGGGGACACCUAAACACCACUCGCCCCCCACUGGGUUGACGUCUGACCAUUGCAAUACUGAGGUCAACCUAGAACAUAUGCAGGGAUAAAGAACCAACUCAAAGCCCCUGUUACAAUACUUAAAAAAUGCACCUUUCCUUUCCUUCUUCUCUUCCUUUCCUGUAGUAAAGUAGUCACUGAUUUAAUAUGAUUGAAUAGGCGAACAUUAGGGAAUUCUUUGCAUAGCUCUCGUUAAUCUACUAAUAUCAGAUCAGUGAUUACCUUUAACGAAACGAGGAAGACAGGAUGUAUUUUCAAAGUGUUGGAACGAUGCCAAUGCAAUGCAAAAAGGUUGUAGCUGAACUAACAGUUCACCGACUAUCUUAUAGUUGUUGACAUUAGUUGUGUGAACAGUAAUGUGUUGUUUACCUGUGACCCCAUAGCACCUUUCCCCUGCUUUCUAAGCUAAGGUAAGAGACACCCAUUGAUAAUAUGUGAGAAAUCUGGUGAAAUGGGAACCUAUACAAUACUAUAAAAUCACAUGUCGAAAACACAURGAGAGCUUGGGACUAUAAGGUUCUACAGUAUGUGCAUUUUUGUCAACAUUUUGUUAUUGACAUAACCAUGUUCUUUCUGUUCAAAGUACUCUUAAUUCCCCAAUUCCUGUUGUUAAGUUCAAAAGAAUACAAGAUAAAAAUGUCUGACACCAUUCAAACCAAUGGGUUUUGAAAUUUAAAGCCAAUUAUCUCAGAAUCAUCUUUUUUCAGAUAUUACCUUAUAUUCCCAAGCUCUCCACAUGUCAAUUGAUGAUUAUAACUACUGUUUAAUUGUUGUUGUGAUGAAGCACAAUGUGAUUUCUUUCAACUGAUUCCUGUUUCACCUUCAACAGGAUUGAAUGCCUGUUUAAGUUACUCGAUUAGCUUCUGCAAGCUCAGACUGUUGCUUUAAGCAAAUAUGACAAACCAAGCUUGUAAUUUGCAAUAGUGAUUCAAGAACAAUUUUUUAAAUAGAUUUCUUUAAUGAAAAUAUGUUUGAUCAGAAUUUUUUUAUCUCAAGAUUAUUAGAUGGUGGGCAAUAACACUAAGAAAAAGGCAAUUAAAUGUGGCAUUAGCUUAUAGUUCUAUUCGUGACAUUUUCCAUCAACAAUACAUUACAAUAUGUUAUUCACCAUCAACCUAUAAACUAAGCAAAAACAAUCAAGCAAAGCAAUUACAUUAAAUACGGUGACAAAACUACAGUAGAUCAAAAAACAAUCUUACCAGCUAUUAUAUUAACGUACCAUAUAAGAUAAUACUCUGGAUAUGUAUUGCAAACGGUCUCUUUAUGUCUAUUGUAAAUCACAACUUAGAGAGCUGUCAAGUGUAGAGCAAUGAUGAUGAUGUUGUGGACUGGGCAGAUACAGUGAGAUAUAUGUCAAGUCUGUCUGUAAAACUGUCACUGGUGUGUGCGUUUUCUUUUGUCCACUUUCUCUCACGUCUACUUUAUAGAGCACCGUUAGAGUCAUUGGUAGGUGUAUAACUCCUCGAUAAAGGUAUCACUUUGUGGUAUUUGUUGUCCAGCAGCCAAAUAGUUUGUCAGAAGCAAAAACUUCAAUGUUGGUAUAUAGGCUACAAAGAGUUACAUGAGUUGAAGUCCAUAGUUUACAGUGUUGCUAUUYGAUUAUUUUUUUAACCUCCCUUGAGUUGGUGUUUUAAACAAAAGCCACGUGAUCCCACUUCUGUUGUCGCUAAGUAAAACAGUCAACCUUUUACACUUUGAAAUCACUGUAAGAACCUUGUUUUUUGUGAAAUCACACUUCUUGUUGCAUCGAAGAUGACAUUAUAGGCUACUUGUUGUGUAUGUUACACACUGUGGAAUAAAGUGAUGUGCCAAUA